AUUAUUUCCCCCUGUGGCUGGGGGGUUUAGAAUACAGCCACGGUAUCCCCUGCCUGUCGUAGGAGGCGACUAAAAGGGGGCGCAAGAGAAAGACAGGAAAGAAGAAUAAAAAGUAUGGAAAUAAUGUAAGAAAAGAAAAUGUAACGAGCAAAGGAAAAAUGUAACACGAAAAGCAGAAUAAUGUAAAUUGAAAAUGGCGCGAGAAAGGAUUGGCAGCAAUGCCAACCUUUCGGUGGGCAAAAAGGGACAGAUGCAAAGUCCUUAGAGUACGUCUAAAUGGAGAAAAAGAUCAUAAUAUACGAAUUCCCGUAAGGUUGAUCGGUCUAUCUCUUACUUAGUCUAUGGUGACCACUUAUGACUUAUGAACAGUUACACCGAAGCAAUUGUUCUGUUUGUAUAUAGGAAUCAGUGUUUAUAUUCGUAGCAGUAACAAUGAAUAGAAUUGUAAUUAAAACAUAAUAGCAGUUUUAGAGAAGGGCUUUCGGUUUACAUCAUAUGGAAUGUGAUAAACAAAAUAUAUUAAAGAUGAAUGAAAGUGAAUCCAUUUAUGGUACUACAUUAUCACAAGAAUCAAUAAAAGUAAUUGCAGAAAGUAUAGGUGUUGGAAAUUUUCCUGAUGAAGCUGCUAAAGAUCUUGCUGAAGAUGUAAGCUACAGACUUAAAGAAAUCAUACAGGAUGCAGCAAAAUUUAUGAGGCAUGGAAAACGUCAACGUAUGACAACAUAUGACAUUGAUCAUGCUUUGAAAAUUAAGAACAUUGAACCAACUUAUGGAUUUUUUGCCAAGGACCAUGUACCAUUUCGUUUUGCUUCCGGCGGUGGUCGUGAAUUACACUUUGUAGAGGAAAAAGAAAUUGAUCUUAACGAAGUAAUAUCUAUGUCUAGUGGACAAACGUGGCCCAAGUUACCUUUAGAAAUUACACUACGUGCCCAUUGGCUUUGCAUAGAUGGUGUUCAACCCACUAUACCAGAAAAUCCACCUCCAGUCUCUAAGGAUGUUCAAAGAUUAGAAAGUGUUGAUCCAACUAGUAAACUUACAAAUAAGAGCCAAAAUAUUGGUGUUGGAAAACCUGGAGGGGGUGGCAAAAGUCAGAAAUUACGUAACGUAGAAACUGUUCAUGUCAAACAGCUGGCUACCCAUGAGUUAAGCGUUGAACAGCAACUAUAUUAUAAAGAAAUUACAGAAGCUUGUGUUGGAUCAGACGAAGCACGAAGAGCUGAAGCUCUUCAGUCUCUUUCUGCUGAUCCUGGUUUACACGAAAUGUUAGCACGUAUGUGCACUUUUAUCGCCGAAGGUGUACGUGUUAAUGUAGUGCAAAAUAAUCUUGCACUUCUCAUUUAUCUAAUGCGUAUGGUUAAAGCUCUUCUGGACAAUCCUAGCCUGUACCUAGAAAAAUACUUGCACGAAUUGAUACCAUCUAUUGCGACUUGUAUAGUUUCACGACAGUUGUGUAUGAGACCAGAAGUAGACAAUCAUUGGGCUCUUCGUGAUUUUGCAUCGCGCCUUAUGGCUCAAAUUUGUAAAAAUUUUAAUACUUCUACGAAUAAUGUACAGACCAGAGUAACCAGAAUGUUUAGUCAGGCAUUGGCUAAAAACAGUCAGACACCGCUGGCAUCACUUUACGGCGCAAUCGAAGGAUUGUGCGAAUUAGGCCCGGAAGUAAUUAAAGCGUUGGUUAUUCCAAAAAUUAAAUCAAUUUCUGAACGUAUCGAAUCAUGUAUCGAAGGCCCCGGUUUGUCAAGUGUAGAUAAAAAUGGAGCAGGUCAUAUAAAAACCCUUCUUGUGAAAUCAGUUGCUCCCGUUUUAAAAACAAUACGAUCUCCACCAGAUUAUGUGGAAGAUUACAAACAAGAUUAUGGCUAUAUAGGUCCUGCCUUGUGUGCGGCAGUUGCAAAAGCUCGUACCCAACCGGUAACUUUAACAACAACUGCAUCGACAACUGCUUUAACGACAAGCCAACAAGGUCCUACGUGCACUGGAAAAACUAUUGUACAAGCUGUGACAAGUUCUAGUCCUGGCCAACAAACUGGACGUACAAUUAUGCUCGGUACAAGUAGAACUAGCGGUGGAACUACCACGAGCGGUGGACAAAAGUUCGUGAUCUUACAAUCACGUUCUCAAACUCCAACUGCUACAAAUAUUAACACUAGUGCAAUACAACAACAAUCUCAGUCACAACCGCAACAACAACCAUCGCAGCAACAAGUUAAAAUAGCUCAAAGUAAUGUGACUCAACAGAAAACCCAUAUACAAAGUAAUGCACCGAAAUUAGUGGUUGUUUGUAUGUCUAGUAGCAACCAUGGUACUACUACGGUCACUCAGGGAAAUAUAGCAACAAAAGCACAGAAUGUAUUCGUUACUCAACAGAAUGUCGAAUGUUCUCUGAGCCCAGAAGAAGAACAUUCCUAUCAGUGAUAAUAAUAUUGAACAAAAUUACCAAUACAGUGUACAGAAAUAAUAUUGUAAUAUUAAUAAACUUUAUACAUAUAUA